AUGAUCCCGCACCCCGACUACCCAAGUGGUAAUAACGUGAACCCCAACGACAUCGCCGUCUUCAGACUGAGGACUGCCUUCACGUUCAACUCUUACGUGCAGCCCAUUAGCCUGCCCAACGGCGGAGUUAUCCCCACAGCUGGAUCAUCGGCUGUUGCGUCAGGCUGGGGAGUUACAGAGGAUAGCAGCCAACCAGAUAUCCUGCAGACUGUUGAUGUCGUCGUUAUCGAUGAAGCGACUUGUCGGCAGCUGGUGGACAACUUCGUUUCCGAAAACCCGCUGACUGACACCAUGAUCUGCACAGGACCAGUCACAGGAGGAAUUAGUCUCUGCAACGGUGACUCUGGCGGCCCACUUGCUCAAAACGGCACGCUGAUUGGCGUGGCGUCGUGGGUUAUCACCCCGUGUGGCAGGGAGGGAGGCCCCACCAUGCACACCAGGGUGUCUGCUUUCCUCGACUUUGUUAAUGAAAAUAUUUAA